AGUCAACAUUUUUCCUGCAAGGUGAACGAAUGGACGCCAAAAUAGGCAGUGUGACGAUGCCAAUAGCUGUGUUGAAUGUGUUCAAUACCAUCAUCAUCCUCAUCCUUAUUCCUAUCAUGGACAGACUCAUUUAUCCAUUUUUGGCUAGACACAACCGGAGUCCUACACAUCUACAAAGAAUAGCCUUUGGUUUCAUCUUAUCGGCGCUUUCAGUUCUAGUGGCAGGGAUAUUGGAAAUUUAUCGCAAGAAAGAUAUUGAAAAUAAUGGAUAUAUUACACAGACACUGGCAUCGGACAAAUUUAAUGCUUCUCAGAUUUCUAUUUUUGCCCAAGUCCCAGAAUUCGCUCUUGUUGGAGCUAGUGAAGUUUUCGCCAGUGUUUCUGGUCUGGAAUUUGCAUAUUCUCAAGCACCCUCAUUUAUGCAGGGUCUGGUUAUGGGUUUAUUUCUAAUGAUGUCUGGCUUAGGGAACUACGUAUCUGAGGCCAUUCUGGAGAUAGUUAAGGAGGCAUCAGGAACUAGGCCACCAGAUGCCUGGUUUCCUGAGGAAAUGAACGAUGGAAAAACGGAGUAUUUGUUUUUCAUGUUGGCCGGACUUAUGGCAGCCAAUACACUAGUCUUCAUCAUUGUGGCGUACUUUUAUAAAUACAGGGAACCGGAAGAACAGCAAAUCUUAGAAAUAGACAAAACCGUGGAUGUGGACAAACCUCCGGCGUACGAUUCUGUGGGUCAUGGGUUUGACAAUCGGGGUUAUUAUAAGGGUGAGCCAGAAUGCACAAAGUUAUAAGCUUUCAAAGCUUCUUACAAGGAAUCUGCUUACAGUCAAAAUGAACACGUGUUGUCAAGAGGUGAUUGCUUAAGUUUCCAAUUACAUGUAUUAAACGAAUUCUACUUUUCAAAACAGAAAGAGCUUACAUUUUUAUUGUCCCAGACAGUGAUCUAAUGAUAUAUAAUCAAAUGCGCUUUCUUAAAAAAAGGACAGCCAAUAAUAUACUUUAGUGCCAUGGUUUGCAAG